ACCGAUACCGUGGCGACCAAGGUAAAUAUAGAACGGAUUUAUUGGAAGAGUCGGUAGACAGAGAGGCCUAGGCGAAUUUGUGACGUUUAAUUUCACUUUCAGGGUUGCAUGCAACGAAUAUUCCGUAGCCCAGAACAUAUAAUUUUAUUGUCACCUAUUAUUUUUUAUAGUUUCCUAGGCACAAAUACAGAAUGUCUGUGCCGUAUUCAAAUACUAAACUACGAGUGCCAAGAGGAUUCCAAAACCUACUCGAGGGCCUUGCCCGAGAGGUUCUGCGGAACCAGCCUGAGAACAUUUACACCUUUGCAGCAGUAUACUUUGACAACCUUUUGAAAAUCCGAGAAGAACAAGGUAUUGACCCGUCAGAGGUUGGAGCUAAGCAUGAAGACAGAUAUUAUAACAACAAAGCAUUUGAGAAGGGGAACAAUAUUGGGGAUGUGAGUGAUCCACAACAACAAGCUGCUGCAACCAAGGUUCAGAGUGGAGUGCGAAUGAGCCAAGCACAAAGUAGGGCCAAGGAAGCCAAGGCGGAAGAAACCAAGACUGAAGAAGACAAGCCUGAGGGUGAUGCCACUGAAGAAGCUAAAGUAACAUCAGAAGAGGAUGCAGCUGUCAAAAUUCAGUCAUCUUUCCGAGGGUAUGAGGCCAGAAAACGUGUGAAGAUUUUGAAGGAGCAAAAAACAGAAGGUACUCAACAAAAGGAAGAAGUGAAGGAAGAAAGCAAGAAAGCUGAAGAAGAAGUAAUUGACAUAGACUUGAGUGAUCCAGAGGUUGCAAAGGCAGCAUCUAAGAUUCAGGCUGGAUUCAGAGGCCAUCAGACAAGAAAAGAAUUAAAGGACAAAAUUGAAGUACAAAAGAAAUCAAGUGACGAAACUUCAGCAGAAAAAUCUGAAGUGGAGACAACAAAUGUGGAAGAAGGAGCUAAUAAAGAGGAAAAAGCAGCUGAUAUAAAAGAAACAGAAGAAGAACAGAAAGGGAAAACAGAGGAAUCAACUGAGAAAGCAGAUGCUGAAGAGGAGGAAGAAAUUGACAUAGACUUGAACGAUCCAGAAGUGAACAAGGCUGCCAUUAAGAUUCAAGCAUCCUUCAAGGGAUUUAAAGCAAGGAAGGAGAGGAAAGAAAAAGAAGCUGAGAGUGCAAAUACUGGAGAAGUAGAGGCUGCAGUUACGGAAGAAAAACCAGAAGAAAAACCAGAAGACAAAAUGGAUUCAUCACCAUCAGCAGUACAAGCUGAACAACAAGAAGAGAUUGACAUCGAUCUAAAUGAUCCAGAGGUGGAAAAGGCUGCUACAAAGAUCCAAGCCUCUUUCAAAGGGUUCAAAGCUAGAAAGAAUAUGAAAAAGAAAGAGGAUGAAGUGGAAGAAACACCUAAGGAGCCUGUGGAAGACCAACCAGCUACAGUACAGGAUGAACCAGCAGAGCCUGCUCAAGAUGGAAUGGAAACGACCAUCGAUCAAGAACAAAUCUCAAACAAUUCUCUUCCAUCUACCGAUCCUAUCACCACUGAUCACCCUCAAAAUGGAAUGGAAGAAUCCAAUUCAGCAAGUGAGAAUGUGGAGGGUCAAAAGGAAUUGAGUGAAAAGGAAACAGUAGAGAAGGUUGCGGAAAAUGAAGUUAUUGAAGAAACUGUACAAACAAAAGUGGAUGAUGUCACUACUCCCGAAGUUGUCCAAGCAGAAAAAGAACAAGAAAAGCAGGAAACAGAAAAAAAUGAUACAUCUAAAGCUGUAGUGGUCUCAGCACCAGAGGAAGAUGAGACAUUGAAACCUGAAAUGGUUCCUGCACCAGAAGAGAAUGAGACAUCUAAAUCCGAAGUGGUCCCUGCACCAGAAGAUGAGGCAUUUAAACCUGAAAUGAUCACAGAACAACUUGAGAAUGAGAAGCAGGAAACAGGAGAUGAGACCAUUGAAGUGGUCCGAGAACAAGAACAGCAAAGGAAGCAGGAUACAGGAGGAGAUGAGACUUCUAAGCUUGAAGUGGUUGCAUCACAAAUAGAGAAUGGGAACCAGGAAACAGAGGGAAAUGAGACAUCUAAACCUGAAGUGGUCCCAGCAGAAGAAGAGCAAGGGAAACAGGAAGCAAAAAAAGAUGAGACAUCUAAACCUGAAGUGGUCCCAGCAGAAGAAGAGCAAGAGAAGAAGGAAAAAGAAGUAGAUGAGGCAUCUAAACCAGAAGAGAUCACAACACAAGAAGAGCCAGGGAAGCAGGAAGCAGGGAAAGAUGAUCCAGAAGCAGUCACAGAGAACAAAGAUGCCGAUACCACACAGGCCUCAGCUGCUGACCCUCCAAAAGAAGAUGAUGAUGCUUCGAAAGAACCCUCAGCCUCUGAGCCGCCCAACUCCGAUGGUGCUCCACUGAAGGGAAAUUCUCCUCCCCCGGCUGCUGAUGAAGGAAAGAAGGAAGGAGAAGAAGAAAUAGAUAUUGACCUAGAUGACCCUAAGGUGGCCGAAGCAACAGUCAAGAUCCAAGCUGGGUUCAAAGGUAUGAUGGCAAGAAAAGAGCUUAAGAAAAAGGGAAAUGUGAGUGAUGAUGCAACAAAAGCUGAUGAAACUGCUGCCACAGAGGAAACCAAACCAGAUGCUUCAGCAGACACUAAAGAUGAACAACCUUCAAUGUCUGAUAAAAAAGAGGCAACCGUGGAUGCUGCAGCACAUGAGGAAGCUGCACCACCAGAAAAUUAAGCAAGAAAACCGAUGCACAGCUUUCAAACUAAAAUUUUAAAAAGUUUAGUUUAGUUAAAAUUAAAGUUUUUAUGUAGAUGUAUUGGUUGUUUUAGCAAAUGAUGUAGCUUGAAUUGUGUUAGUUUAUACAUUCAAUAUUAUGGGAAAAGAAUCAUGAAAAAAUAUGCCAAGAUCAGAUAAUAAUGUUGAAUAAACUACAUCUGGAUUCACCAUGGAAA